UCUUACUUGUCAUGAAAUCAAUAGUGUAAACUAAGAUGGCACCUUAAGGUAGCAUGGCCUUUCCAUGUGUCACCAUGUCAAUUGAUUAAUCCUUGCACCAAGUAUGAAUCCAAAAACCCAAAUCCCAAAUACCAACACCCCCCCACCAUAAUUGAGCACCUUCACAUGAAUGAACAACCAACCCCACACCACAACUCAUCAAAAUCCUCAACCACAACUCAUCCCCUCUUCCACAUUAUGUAUUUCACCACACUUCUUUAGCAUUAACACCUGCCUCCAAAACCAAGCAUGUGCCGACAAAUUGCACCGAAACCAGUCCCAACGCCCAUUAUUUCUAUCAUCUCUCUGUUUCCCUAACUGAACACCGCUCACUCUGUUUUGUUCCAAAUGACUCUGUUUUUGCCAUUAGGCUUCCCUUCUAAGCCCCAUCCAAACAAUGCUUCCACCCUAAGCAAACCAACAAGUUCCCAUAACCAAUUGCAAGAAACCCAUUUUCCCAAGAACCCCUUUGAAACACAUGUUCUAAGCACCACCUCCAACCAUAUUCUCCAUUUUCCUUCCUCUAUCCCCCUCUCUCUCUCCUGAAUACAUAGAUGACUGAUGCAAAUGCUGCUUCAUUUGAGGCAUUUCUCCAAGGGUGGAUGGUGCGCCAAAGAGGUUACCUUGACGAGCUUCUCUCAGCUCAGCAACACUAUCAGGAGAUGCAGGAUGAUGAUGAUGUGAGGCAAUUAAUCAACAGGGUAAUCUGCCACUAUGGACAAUACUUUGAAGAGAAAUCAAAGAUUGCCCACCAAAAUGUUCUUCUUGUUUUCUCACCACCAUGGUUCAGUUCAUUGGAAAGAACCUUUCUUUGGGUUGGGGGGUUCAAGCCAGGAGUGUCUUUUCAGGUUGUGAACACAGCUUUGGAGGAUUUGUCAGAAGAACAAAAGGAGAGGUUGAGUCUGCUGAACCAAGAGACCAAGGUGAAGGAGAGAGCCCUCAAUGAUGAGUUGGCCAAGCUUCAUGAGAGUGUGGCAGCUCCACCGCUAGUGGACAUGGCAAGGAGCCAUGGGAGGGUGUGUUUCAGCAGGUCCUUCAUGGCAGAGGAGGGCUCUUCUGUUCCAAGCACUUUCAGAGAGACAUUGGAGAAUCUUGUGGCCAAUGCAGAUGCUUUAAGGACAAACACAUCUUUGAAGAUUUUUCAGGUACUGAGACCUGCUCAGAUUGUCUCAUUCUUGGUUGCUGUGGCUGAGCUUCAGAUCAGGAUCAGGUCUUGGGGUUUGGACAAGGAUUCUCAGAAUGGAGGCCAAGGGUGAAAAGUCAAUCAUGGGAAUAUGAAGGCUUUUUAUGUAAGGUGCUUUCGGUUUUUGUCUUUUGGGAACUGCUUUGAGUUGGAGGAUGGAUACAUGCAUAGGCCUUAAGCCUUUUAGCAUCAUGAUGGUGGAUGAUGUGCAUUGGGCAGUGAGCAUGUUCAGCAUUUGAUGGUAAUGCUGUUUCUCUCUACCUGAAGUUUCUUUAAUGAGCAAUCAACAAUGGUGAACAAAACAAGGCCAUGCAAUGCAUGCUUUUAUCUAGAGGCUAAAGCAUCAAUAUAUUUGUACCUCUGAUAUAGAGGCAAGCACUCAUGGAUCUCUUCACUCAAGCAGCUACCCCAGAUUUCAAUUGGUUGCUAUAUUUACCAUAGUAAGUAGGUAGUAGAUACCUAAGGAUUAUUUUAUUUUUCUUUUGUGAUAUUAAGACAUGUUUUCUAGUGAAGAACUUGGAUGGAUGUAUAGGAUGUGGAACCUUGAAAAUUACUUUUUCAACAUCCCACACACUUUGACAUUGCAUCAAAGUAGGUUUCUCCCUAAGGGGUCUUUUUGGCCCUUUCCUCAACACAGGGGGUUCAUAAGUUCAUUCACACAGCAAGAGCAGGACAAUAACUAAUGCUAAAGCAGCAGUUUCAAACAUUCAGCAUCUACAAGUUAUCAGAAGUGAAAGCGUGGAUAUGGACUGGAAGAAUAUCUCAAGAUCAUUAAUUUUCAUUUCCCUGCUUUGUUAUUAACACAUUUGUAUAAUUAUUUAAUGCUUAUGGAUUGUUAUUCGAUUCAUAUUAUUAUAAAUACAUAAACCAACGAAGUCUAUUAGUCCAUAGAGGAACA